AUGGAGAACAGCGUGAUAGCCAAGUAUAAGUUUAUCAACAACAUCUUCGCUCGCCUUCAAGCCGACAGGCAAAGAAUGAGGAAGAAGAACCCAAGGCAAUUCUCGACGAGAAAAGUAAGGGCUGCGACACCUCCAUCGCUGCCGGCACCCGUCCAGAUCUGCCCACUGCUUGAGGACUACAUUCGCCCAGAGUGUUCACUACUCACCUUGCCUGCAGAACUACGUCUCGUCAUUUACGACUUAAUCCUCCACCGACCUACCGACGCCUACAUCAAGAGACUACCGAGCCAAAAGCUUCGCCGCGUCACGGUAACGAUCUACAGCGCUCAACCCGUCAGCAUAUCAGGCCUCGACAGGGUAUACUUGACCCAUAUCAACCGCCAAACCCGGCACGAGGCCUCGCGAGUGAUCUAUGGCCGCAGCUUCUUCCACGUUGAUCUUCUCGGCAACCACAGGGCUAUAGCAAGAUGUCAGGCCAUGACAGAUAGACAGAUGGCUAGGCGGCUGGUGGACGUCCUACCCCAGAUCGGCUAUGUCAAGCUCAUGGAGUUCAAGGUUGGCGAGCUGCCAGAUCAGCAAGGUCGUGAGACGGGAGCUGUUUGA